AAACUUCAAGGUCAAGGACAGCAGUGUCGGCAAGAUGCGACUCACAUGUGUAUUAGGGUAUUUCAAAAGAUACAAAAGUGUUGGUGGACAGACAUUUUCAGGGAAAAACAAGGUGUUACGGAGAGUCGAAAACACACACAAGGCAACAGCUGUGAAGAAUCUUCUUCAGAAUGCUAGAAAUAUAGAAAUCCUUAACAAGCCAUAUCUUACCAAAGAAGAAGAACAUGGAUCUGGAAGGAUAUUGAAAAAAGCAGGACUUAAGGAAGAUUAUGUGACAAAAAUGAAGAAAUUAAAUGAAGAAAAAUGGCUACAAAAGCGGCCCCAUUAUUCAAUAGAAAGUCAUCUAGAACAAUUAAAUGUGUUAAAAAAAUGGGAAUGAUGUAAACAACGUAUGUACAAAAACUAGGCUAGAAAAACACUAGCAAAAGUAGUGAUGAUAACUAUCAGUACUGUAGACUGAUAGUAUAGCUUGACUCUGUAAGUAUCAACGCUCACUGUAUAAACAACUGUUGGAUUGAGUUACUGCCAGUGAUAGCUGUGAAGUUAUUUCAGCACAGGAAAUUGACAUUACACAGGAAACAGAAGACCACCAAAUCAGUAGUAAAUGGCAUGGGCUUGAGGUGAAGUCUUGCCCCAAUCAAGUGUUGGUACAUCUGAAACCUCAACUGUGUAGCACCAAAAUUGCACAGAUACAAUGGACUUGUGGGUUGCAAUACUUAAUACAUAAUGGAGAUUUAACAUGUAUUAUGAUAAUUGAAUUGUGUGAAAUGAGAUAUUUGAUAUGUCUGAAUGAAAUCUGUGAGAUAUACAUGGCUUUGCAAUGAAUGAAAUGUGGAAAUAAAAUUUUAUAAAAACC